AUGGCGGCCUACCUCGACCUCCUCCAAGAAUACACCCAGACUGCACUGUCGCACGUCCCCGAACCCGCGCAAGCCUACCUGCGCAACCCGCUCACCCAAAAAGCCCUGGGCGUCCUCCUCGCCCUCGGCCUCAUCCGCAGCCUCAACAAGUCCCUCUCCCAAUGGACCCUGAACAACUGGACCAGCAGCCCACGCUGGAAUCCCUCCCGCGAACUCAUCCUCCUCACCGGCGGAUGCAGCGGCAUCGGCAAACAAGUAAUGGAAGAUUUCUCUAAAAUCGGCGUCCGCGUAAUCAUCCUCGACAUCACGGAGCCCAACUUCACUCUCCCAGCCAAUGUCUCCUUCUACAAGGCGGAUAUCACAUCCUCGGCCAACAUCGCCCAAGUCGCAAAAACCAUCCGCGCCAAACACGGUGACCCCACCGUUCUCGUCAACAACGCCGGCGUCGGCUACGACGGCACAAUCCUCGAAGAACCCGAGUCCAAAAUCCGCCAAACCUUCGAAGUAAACACGAUCUCGCACUUCCUCAUGGUGAAAGAGUUCUUGCCGGCCAUGAUCAAGGCGAACCACGGGCACGUGGUGACCAUCGCAUCGAUGGCGUCGUUCGUGGCGUUGGGCGAAAUGGCCGAUUACUGCUGUUCGAAGGCGAGUGCGCUUGCUUUCCAUGAAUCGCUGCGCCAGGAGCUGAAGUCUUGGUAUAACGCGCCGGGUGUGCGGACGUCGGUUGUUCAUCCGAUGUGGGUGCGGACGCCGAUGAUUAAGAUGCUCACGGAUCAUGAGAGUCAUUUCCGGCAGCCGAUUAUGACGGUGGAGUUUGUUGCGAACGCGAUUGUGAAGCAGAUUUUGUCGCAGAAUAGUGGGCAGGUUAUAUUGCCCGAGUAUCAGUCUGCGGCUAGUUUGGUGCGGGCUAUGCCGACUUGGAUGCAGGAGGGGGUUAGGUCGAUUGCGUCGGGUUCAUUGCGGAGGUUGAGGGAGGUGCAGCGGAAAGAGGGAUUGUAA